AUGAGACAUUUACUUACAGAAACCGAAGUAGUUAUACCCGAAGCAGUAACCGUAGGCGUUUAAUCUAGAGUAGUUACAGUUAAGGGUCCUUUGGGAUCAUUAAAAAGAGCUUUCAAACAUGCUUCAAUAAGCAUUUUGAAGCCAAAAGACAAUAAAUUAAAACUCUAAAUAUGGUAAGCAUAAAGAAAAUAAAGAGCAUGUUUAACUGCUAUAGCCUCUUAAAUAAAAAACAUGAUAAGAGGAGUAACUGAAGGUUAUAAAUUUAAAAUGAAAUUAGCUUAUGCACAUUUCCCUAUUUAAGAUUUUGUAUCUAAAGACGGAAAAUCUAUAGAAAUUAAACACUUUUUAGGAGAAAAAAGAGUCAGAAGAAUCGACGCUUUGGAAGGUGUUUAAAUUAUUAAAAAAGAAGAAAGAAAAAAAUAUUCGUUAAUUUUUGGACGGUAUUUAUGUAUCAGAUAAAAGAAUGGCUUUAAAUGA